GUGUGGAUGGAUGGAUGGAUGGAUGGAUGGAUAGAUAAUUAAAUCUGUACCACCGGCUGUAGAGUUGGCUGUUUGAGGACAACAAAAGACGGACACCGUGGGUGUCUUUCUGACCGGCGAGUCCCCCAGUCGAACGCAGCGCCGGGGUUAGGGAUCUGCGUCUGACCGUUACAACGCGCUGACACUGGAGACUCCUUCCAGAAACGUUACGUAAACGUCUCGUGGAGUUUAGAGAACGUUACCGUAUCGUAUCAUUUUUCUUUGUUCAAAAGCGCAUUUUUAUCCACUUUAUUCUCCGCCGUCGAUGAUGUACAGCGCCUGCUAUAGACGUCUCCGUCAGAGCUGUUUUUAAUGGAAAUGCAGAGUGGAUGAAUAAAUAUUUACUCAGCCUUUGACCCUCAGGCAAUCGAGUGAACGUUUAAUAUCUGGUCCCGAGUCAGAUACCGAGACGCCACGCUACACCGAUCACGCGGUCCAGGCGUGACCCGAGUUACCGAACGCGGACGCGGCUCUUAAGGGGGAAGUUAUGUAAGGCGCAGUUCAGGGGUCAUCUCAUUCAUCUCCUUCUGUGGACUGUUCCUACUCUCAGAAGAUUAUCUGCGUGUCAGAUGGGCAGCAGCAGCGUCAGAUUCUUCAGUUCUCUGGCUCAGUCUCUGAGCAGCGCGCCGCUGGAGCACACACACACCGACGCUGAGGAGUGUGAGCCGGAGCCGGUCGACCCAGAGACGCUCCUGCGCCAGUGCGAGGAGGUUCUGAGGAAACGACCGCCGCGGCCAAACCGAGAAUUCAUCAGAACCAGAACCAGCGCCACACACGACCCGCAGAUCCGCGUCAUGCAGUGGAACAUUCUAGCACAAGCUCUGGGCGAGGGCAAGGACGGCUUCGUGCGCUGCCCGAUGGAGGCGUUAGUCUGGUCCGAGAGGAAGUACCUGAUCCUGGAGGAGAUUCUGACCUACAGACCAGACAUCGUGUGUCUGCAGGAGGUGGACCACUACUACGACACCUUCCAGCCCGUGAUGGCCAGCCUGGGCUACCAGAGCAGCUUCUGCCCCAAGCCGUGCUCUCCGUGCCUGGACGUCAGCGGCAACAACGGCCCCGACGGCUGCGCCCUGUUCUUCAGCCGCGAGCGUUUCCGUCUGCUCCACAUCAAUCACCUGCGUCUCUCCGCCAUGGCGCUCAAGACCAACCAGGUGGCCGUCGUGGCUACGCUACAGUGCCGGGUCACGGGGCGAGUCUUCUGCGUCGCCGUGACGCACCUGAAAGCGAGGAGCGGCUGGGAGACCUUCCGUGGCGCCCAGGGUGCCAAUCUUCUCCAGCAGCUGAAGGCCAUCCUGAGCGCGCAGCAGGACGAAAACGUUCCUUUGUUCGUGUGCGGAGAUUUCAACGCCGAACCGGGUGAAGAGGUGUACCGCCGCUUUAUGAACUCUCCGCUCGGCCUCGAUAGCGCCUACAGGACGCUGAGCUCCGCCGAGCCGUCCUACACCACCUGGAAGAUCCGUCCGAGCGGAGAGAGCUGCACGACGCUCGAUUACGUCUGGUUCUCGCGCCACGGCUUCAGCGUAGACGGCGUCCUGAGCAUGCCCAGCGAGGAGCAGAUCGGCCCGGACCGCCUUCCCUCCUACCACUAUCCUUCCGAUCAUCUCUCGCUCGUCUGCGACUUCAGCUUCAUCCAGGAGCCCCACAGACUCAUGUGACUGUCCAUCAGAACGUAGCCAGCGUUCCACGUGGAGCAUUCCAGAACCUUUUCCUGACCACUGAAGCAGGAAACGGCUGUUCAAGUACCUCGACUCUCACGAGUUCCUCACACGCGUCGUCCUCUUCACUUUGUUUCUGUUCUGCACAAGAGUACUUUAAUUUAUUAUUUUGUUGUGAUCUCAGGACAGAUGUUCCAGAUGAUGUUGAUGGUACCGUUACUUUAAUUGUAUGCCAUAAUUUAUUAUUAACCGGCCAGGAGGAAAGAAUGUAUUAUUUCACACGCACAUGUUUAUUCUUCUAACGAGUUAUAACCAUGACCUUAAUAAAAUAAUUUCAUCUCUUCAA